AUUCAUCUCAUCAUCCAAUAUCCACUUGUUACCAACUAUACCUGAUCUUCAUCAAAUCAUCGUCAUCCAAAUCUCAAACAUGGUUUCAUUCUACAACCUAUUCUUCCUUACUAUCUUCGUCUUUACUAUCUCCACUACUAAGGCUCUUAGCUUACCAGGUUUAGAUCUCAGCGGUCUUCCUAAGUGUGCUCAAGGAUGUGUGAUCAAAGCAGCAUUAGGUACUAUUAGAAACUGUAACUUACUUGAUAUUAAUUGUCAUUGUCAGGAUGAUAGUUAUCUUCGAAUCAGUGCUAGAUGUAUUAUCACUUCUUGCUCUGUUGAUGAUGCAGUUAAUGCAGAGAUGUGGGCCCACCACACUUGUUGAAGAGUUUUUGCAUUACUAUUGGAUGUGCAAAUCUUCAUAUCUCUACGUCUCCGUCUUUACCAUUUUUGUUACACGUCUUUUUUGAUCAUUAUGGCUCUGAGACUCAGCUAUUGGACUUUAUUUAUUUGUUUCCUACAAUCUCUUACGCAUGUGUCUAUGCAAAUACAUCAUCAUCAUCAUUUAACUAAUUUCAUCAAAUCUUUGAGC